AUGAUUAGAGAAGGGCGAACAGAGGGCUGGCUCAAGCGGUCCGUGGAAACUCUACCUGCGUGGGCCGAGUUUCAUGGCGUCAAGUUCAACGGAAUCCGAAUUGGGCCAAUGCCAGGCUUCGAACACUAUGGCUCAACCGUCAUAGCAACUCGUCGCCUCGUUGCUGGUCAAGAGGAUCCGCUAAUUGUAGUUCCGAAGGAGCUGAUUCUCUCCCGUCAGAACAUCCAAGAAUGUUCCAAAUCCGAUCAGCACUUGAAGGAAGUCCUUGAUGCACUGGGGGAGUUUGGUCAUACUACUCGAGGCGCCGUGCUCAUCUUCAUGAUCAUGCAAGCCACGAUAUCAUGCCCGGAUAUUAAAGACGUAGGGGUCUUGAACCCGUUGAACGAAUAUAUCAAAUUUCUCCCAGAUGAACUUUUGCCGACUUUCUACUCCGACGAAGAGUUGGAACUCCUCACAGGCACUACGCUAAGGCCGGCAGUUCGUGCUAAGAUGAAUAGCCUUCUACGAGAGUUCGAGCUGGUUCGCACUGCCACCGAGAGUAUUGACUGGUGUUCCAAGUAUUGGUGGAAUGAAGACAAUGGGCUAUUCACAUUCGAGGAUUGGAUGCGGGUUGAUGCAAUGUACAGGUCAAGAGCUCUGGAGUUUCCUGGAGUCGGCGACUGUAUGAUGCCCGUCAUUGAUUUCGCCAAUCAUGCAUCGGGAGAUGAUACGGGGGCGCUGUAUGAGGCUGACAGUGACGGGAACGGACUACUCCUUCUGCGUAGGGAUAUUCCCGAAGCUGGUGAAGUUACCAUAACAUAUGGAGAUGAGAAGGGCGCUUGCGAGAGCAUAUUCUCCUAUGGUUUCCUCGAGCAUAACACCAGUUCGGCAAAGACCAUGUUCCUCGAUUUGGGAAUUCCUGAUGACGACCCAUUGAGACCGGCAAAACUAGCAGUCAAUACAGCUGCACCUGGAUUUCGCUUAUUCGACAAGGAUGAUGGCGUUGACUGGGAGAGUGACUUCGUCUGGCUCGUAGCCAUCAACGAGGAGGAUGGGCUGGAUUUCAAGCUGAAACAGACGGUGGACGGAGGGCGAGAAAUCUCAGCGCAAUGGAAAGAGAAAGAACUCGACGAUACAAGCAAACUUCGAGGUUACCUUCAGGGUGAUCCACUGUGGGAGGUCUAUCAGUUGCGCGCGGUUGUCCUACUGCAAGAUCGGGUUGAGGCCCAACUCCAUACACUGCACGAUUUCGACUUCCCCCCACGCAGAGCCACGGUGAGGGAACGCCCGUGGCAGCUUGCAAAACGUCUACGGGACCUGGAGUCACAGAUGCUGCAAAAGGCGAAGGAAGCCCUGGAAGAGCAGAAAUCUGCGCUUCUUGACUCCAGCGUGGUGCAGCGAUAUCUUGGGCUUAUUGAGGAGGAUGAAGAACCGGUGGAUUUUACCUAG